GAUCAUUCUAAGCCUGCCUUGGUGGAGUUCGGUCGGUUGUCAGCUCCUCGUUGGGUCGUGCUCCGAGAUCCGCUCGAUUUCCUGCGUUGAAACACCGCGUCUUGCUCAAGUGUUUUCUUGUUCUCGUGUUUCGGCUGAAUCCGGAACGACCUACGAUCUGAACUCGUCGAUUCCAGUAGCAGUUGUUAUCGAGUUAGUCAGAGCUGUCCGUCCGUCGCUCAUCGGUCCGUUCGUUCGUGUGUCGAGGAGGCAAGCAGACAAACAGACAGACAGGCAGGCUAAGAGACACACGUCGGAAUCAAUCCGAAAAACGCUCCGGUUUCGCUAUACUUGGUAGUGCAGCUCAUUCGUACGUGUAACGACGAUCCAGCUCGUGAGGUGGUCGAAUCGCUCGAGCUACCGCCGCUAGUGAAUCGACGAAAACCACCAGCCCACAAAGUGAAUCUACUGUCGUCUACUUCGUCGUUUUUUCUGCCGCCGCCGCCACCAAUUCUUCGGUGUCGCCGUCGUAGUGAAAGGUCUCUCAACCAACCCCAUUGUCAACAGUUCCAGCUGAAGCAUGGCAGUAGCCGAUCGCGAGGACAACGUUUACAAAGCCAAGCUCGCUGAGCAGGCCGAGCGUUACGAUGAAAUGGUCGAAUCGAUGAAGUCGGUGGCCUCGCUCGAUCUUGAGCUCACGGUUGAGGAGCGCAACCUGCUCUCGGUUGCCUACAAGAAUGUGAUCGGAGCCCGAAGAGCUUCCUGGAGAAUCAUUUCAUCAAUUGAACAAAAGGAAGAAAACAAGGGAACCGAGGCCCGUAUGCCCAUGAUCAAAACGUACCGUGUUCAAAUCGAAGACGAGCUGCGCGGAGUGUGCGAGGACAUUCUCGGAGUUCUCGACAAACAUUUGAUUCCUACUGCUUCCACCGGUGAAAGCAAGGUGUUCUACCACAAAAUGAAGGGCGAUUAUCACCGAUAUCUCGCGGAGUUCGCCCAGGGCAACGACCGUAAGGAGGCCGCCGAAAACUCUCUCGCUGCGUACAAGAACGCCUCGGACGUCGCCACCUCGGAACUACCUCCAACCCAUCCUAUAAGACUGGGACUUGCGCUGAACUUCUCGGUGUUCUACUACGAGAUCCUCAACUCGCCCGAACGCGCAUGUCGUCUGGCUAAGGCAGCGUUCGACGAUGCUAUCGCUGAGCUCGACACGCUGUCUGAGGAAUCGUACAAGGACUCCACUCUGAUCAUGCAGCUGCUCAGGGACAACCUCACCUUGUGGACUAGCGAUAUGCAGCAUGAGUCUGGUGAUGGAGAACCCAAGGACGAACCCGCCUCCGAAGAAAAGAAGGAGGAGGCCUCGUAAGCAGGGACUCCGUCGAUGAGGAAAGAAUUGGGACGGGGGAAAAUUCAGAUACGAGAGAAAGGAAGAACUCAAUGGUUAUUCAAGCCACAAGGGUAGCGAUCGAUACACAGGGAUGAGGAUCCACAGGUUGGAGGACGUUUCAGGGGUCAUCGCGCCACUUGAGGAACAUCUACAACAACGUGCUUCGCAGUAUCACACUAUUGUCUAACAAAUUGGUAGAACUCGCUAAAAUUGAAUCACCUUAAUGAGAGAAUGGUAAUACCGUAGAGAUGAAAUAACCCAAAAAAAUCAUGGAUCAAUCAGAACACCAUUACGAUCAGACGGAUUCCGGUUCCCCAAGAUUACAUUACGAUAAAUCCAUAUGAUACACGUAUACGAACACCAAGCUUAUUGAUAAGAGCAUUUUUUAUCGUGACAACCAUAAUUAUUAUCCCCAACGGCUGUAAUUCGGAUCGUCACAAUAUUGAGGAUGCGACAAUUUCGAUCACUAUAACUAUACAUAUAUAUGUCGCCAUUUUCAUUUCGAUCGAUGGAACUGAUUAUCGUGAUUCUAUUCUUCGAUCUCGGAGUCUGAACUGGAAAAGCAAUCUGUGUACUGUGACGCGUCCACCGAUACGGGGAGCACAACGUGAAACCGAGUACUGGCUAAUCAUAUGAUGAAACGAGAGUUACAGCUUCCUGAAGAAGAGGCCGCCUCAGUUCAUUGCGGAGCAGUGAUUCAUUUGAUGAGCCGAUCGAUUGAUCCACAUGGGAUCACAUUGGUUGAUGCCUGAUUGAUUGAUGGAUGCAUAAAAAAGUGGUUUAUCGAGAACUGCAGUGAUGUGGCUCCUUUGGUUGUGGGGGAGUUCUCGGAGAGUGGGAAAACUCUCCGUCACUUCCUCGAUCGAUUCGUUCGUUUUUCCACGAGAAUUUAAGCGAAGAAAGAAAGAAACCGAAUUGGAGAAUCUCAAACCGUGGAUACUCGGUCAAGUUGGGCAAUGAUGUUCCCGUCAACGGCAAAUAUCAACGCGAGAGGUCUACCAUCUCCACCUCGAUCGCGAACGCGAUAAUCGCAGCUCUCAUUGAUUUCGAUCCGUCACGUGUUCUUUGAUUGGGGGAGGAGAGGGAUCUAGCUUUUCUAUUUCGUUCGAUGAAAAGGUUUGACGCGGACUUUUCGCAUCUCGGAGCGUUCAUAUCUACGAUAGUAAGAAUACAGGGAGUCCUUGUGCCUCUGUUUGAUCCUUGUUCACUUGAGUUUCACUUCAGAAUUUCUCAUUCGAUGUGAUAUCCAAUGGUUUGGUUUGUUCUCUCAAGUACGAACUCCGAAAAUCCAAGUUCCUCUUUGAUUAUUCAGCUACACGGACGCCCAUCGUUCCGUGUUGCCGUGAUCGCCGGAAACAAACCCCAUGACAAAGUGAUCUGAACCACUCUCCCGUGAUUGCACUCCUUUCUAUGAAGAGCUGUCGUCAAUAAUUCCCAAUCUCAAAACCUUAACUGUACCGAUGGUCAUGAUUCAUGAGAAGGCCAGAACGAUGCGCUUCAUGAGAUGUCAGGUCUUCCGACGCACUGGGAGGUCUAUGCCAAGAACUACUCAAUUUACCACCACUACCACCAACCUGGACAGUGAGACCAAAUCUUUCGAUAUUUUAUCCACUAUCCAUUUAUCUACCGAGCAUCCUACUACCCGAACCAACCAGCAACCAAACCGACAAGUUAUCUGUCUAACUCUACACGAAAUCAUCGAAGAGCAUUGGAGGCAUCAAUCAAAACAGAAAUCUAGAACAUUCCGAUUCGCUGACUUAGGAUAGGAUUUCAGUUGCUAGCUAAUGGAACUUUUCUUGAAUAAACUGAACUCUCAGUGAAUAUCCAAAAUCUAGCAGAGAAAUCGUUUCCGAUUGUGCAGUACGAUGCAGACGUAGGUGACCUUCCCUUGAGUAUGUUGUACAAACCGAUGAUAGCGCUUCGUCUACUACUACGGCUAUGAUAUAAAUUACCACUACUACUACAGCUACUACUCCUACUACUACUACCACCACCACUACUAUUACUACUAAUACGACUGAUUGAAAGUCUACUAGAACCACUACUUACUGAACUACUUCUGACACUACUAUGUCUCGGAGUACUGAUUCCACCGCUGCGGCGAUCAGUACUGAGAUCAUCACCUCCACCAUGUCCACCCUGCUAUAGCUCAAAGUGAUUUCGAGAGUUUGGUGUGCUGGCCAUCAUAACCGUUUUCUCUGGAAACGGCUGAGAAGUUUCUUCUCGAAUCAUCGAAAAUCGGCUUCAAUCACACCAACCCGCUCGACGACCAGAACACAUCUCCACCGAACAGAGUUUCUUCUUUCUAAUAAACUCUCGUUUUUUCCUGCAGAAUUG